AUGGAUACUGAGUCUGGUAGCACGCCUAGCGGUGGCGAUGCCAGCCCUCGUCCGUCAGAGGACUUGGAGAACAGCUCACCUAUCACACCCGCCUCAUUCACUCAUAAUCAUGUCGUCGCUGAUUGCCAUCUGAAGAACUUCAACCAAGUUAUAGAUGCUUUGAAAUCCGCAGCAGACCGUGUCUCGACAAGCCAUCAUAGUGGACAUAAAUAUGCGUCAAUGCAUGCACUACUUCUAUCGUGGGAAGGAGACGAUCUGGGUGUCGGUACGGAAGUAGCCAACCUAGGAGACGUACUUAGCAACCAAUACGCAUUUGACGUUCGACAGUGGGAAAUCCCUAUGAAAAAGUCAACCAUCAAGCUCACAAAGCUCAUUGUCGACUGGACAGAGGAGUAUGAAAGGGAAGAUAACUUGCUGCUAGUGUACUACGGAGGUCAUGGGCGGAUGGAUUCCAGCAGACAAGCCAUUUGGUCAAACCGCCGAAAUCGCGAUGAGCUGUAUGCAGAGGUCAAGUGGAGUGGGUGUGAGGAGGUACUCCAUGAAUCAAUCUCGGAUACUCUGUUCCUUCUCGACUGCUGCCACGCAGGAAGCUCGAUUUCGCAGGCCUUGAAGGGUUUCUCCGAGACCAUUGCAGCCAGUGGAUUCGAGUAUAUUGCUCCACCUCCUGGGCCACACUCGUUCACGAAUGCGCUCACCCGAAUCCUUUUCGACUGGUCUCGAUCGCCACAUUCCUUUACGAUAGCUGCGCUCCACGCCGAGAUAUUGACCUACCUCAAAAUCAUACCGCCUGAUCAACUGACAAGGGACGGACUCAGGUUGGCAACAGCCAGCUCGUCCAUGGAAAUGGAAAAGUUUGAAUGGCGACGAACUCCUGUGCACUAUAUCCGGUCUACGUACAAGUACAUCUCCAGUAUUAUUCUUGCGCCCAAGGCACGAGAAACAACCCCCUUCAUAGACCUGAGAAACCUCCACCUUCCCAAACCAACCAACAGCCCCCGUGUUGUCUUGAGCAUUAGCCUCACGGAAGAUAUACGAGCUGACGAUGCCGAAUCUUGCCGGAGGUGGCUUACAGACUUUCCUUUGCCCACCGAAGACAUCACGGUAGAGGCUGUCUUUAAAAGCUUUUCCACCGUCGUGCUGAUCUCGGUUGCGCUUGAGAUUUGGGAUGUUUUACCGGAGAUCCCGGGUUGCAACUUUGUCUGCUACUCGCAGUCGAAAAAUCUCCUAGGCCACCCACUGACGCCACAUUCUACACAAAAACACAGCGUCACAUUCACGCAGCCUGAUUCUUGGUGGCCUCCCACUGAGAAUAACCAAAGACAUGGCAUUGCCCACCAGCCUGACAACUCGUUUGAAAGGAAGCCAAUGUCAGUCCCGGCAGAGUCAAUUUUUCUAGGGAAAUCAGUGACAAAGAGUUCGAGACCAAAUCUCAAGAUUGGUGUACCGGGUCACAGUCGAUACUCGGGGCCUUUGAGUGAAGCAGGAUCAGUAGAAGAAGCAUCUCCUGAAGGCAUGGCAGCAAGUGGUCCAGGGCAGCGAGACGACUCCUUGGGUCUCGGUAUCGUGCUCCCACCGGCAUCGCCAUCCCCAAAGGCUAUGCCCUCACUGGGAGCUAAAGGACCCCCAAACCCAUUCGCUAGACCUUUUAUGGAAGGCAGCUUCAAGAAAGACGACAUGGAAAUUGACACUCCAGUAUCUGCAUCAUCUUCUCGCUUCUCGAACGAUUUAGGUGUCAGUCCAACGGCUAUGUACGGGAGGGACGAAGCCGACUCACCGCUCGAUCUUACGGCUUUCGACCUGCUCGUACAGGAAUCUGGGCUACCUCCACACCAAGACGAAUAUUCAGACCACUGCGAAUCGUCAACGACGAGUACUCUUUGGCAAGGAUCCAAAGAUAAAAACGAUGGAUGA